AUGUGUCGAAAAGCAGAAACAAAGUAUUUCAUGGCAUACCUUUCUUUUUUCUUGUGUGUAACGGCAUUAAUGCUGAUAUGGUAUCCAACACUUUCAUUGGCCACAAACCAUACUGAUCAACUUGCACUUCUGGCCAUCAAGGCGAGCAUCAUUGACGACCCCCAACAUGUUCUUGACUCGUGGAACACCUCCUUCCAUUUCUGUCAAUGGCAAGGUGUUACAUGUGGUCGUCGGCAUCGUAGAGUCACCAGAUUAGACCUUAGAUCUCGAGGCCUUGCAGGUUCCGUGUCCCAUCAUAUUGGAAACUUAAGUUUUCUAAGAGUGAUCGAUCUAGCGAAUAACACCUUCAAAGGUGUAAUCCCACCUCAAUUAGGAAAUCUGUUUAGGUUGCAAAGACUAGUUCUCAGCAACAAUUCUUUUGUAGGAGAAGUUCCAGCCAGUUUAUCAAACUGUACAGAGCUAAACGCUCUUGGGUUGAGUUAUAAUAAUCUAGUUGGCAAGCUUCCACAAGAGCUUAGUGCACUGGUGAACCUUUCUUUGUUAGUCAUUCAUUUUAAUGGUUUUACCGGAGGGAUACCAUCUUUCUUUGGAAACUUCACUUCUCUUAAAACCAUAUCGGCCACCGGCAAUCAUCUAGGUGGAAGCAUUCCAGACACUUUAGGACAAUUGUACAACUUGCAAAGUAUUAGUUUUAGUUAUAACCUUUUAUAUGGUACGACCCCUCCAUCCUUAUACAAUUUAACAUCUUUAAAAGGUCUUGAUGUAGCAGAUAAUUCAAUUAGUGGAAGUUUACCAAAAGAUAUAGGCUUGCAGCUACCCAAUCUUGAGAUUUUUUACAUAUGGGGUAACAAAUUUACCGGAAGCAUACCCUUCUCAUUGUCUAAUUGUUCAAACUUGGUAAGCCUCGACUUGGGAAGCAAUAAUUUUACUGGGAAGGUUAACAUAGAUUUUAGACGUAUGUCAAAUCUUUCUUUUGUUGGGUUAUUUUCUAACAGUUUGGGGAGUUUGGAACUUGAUGAGAUGAACUUCAUUGAUUCAUUAGUCAAUUGUAGCAAACUAGAAAGUAUGUUUCUUGAUAAGAACAAAUUGACUGGAGUUCUUCCUAGUUCUAUAGGAAAUCUCUCAUCUCAACUAACACAUCUAUCAUUUAGUAAUAACUUCAUUUAUGGGACUUUGCCUUCUGGGAUUGGGAAUCUUGUGAAGUUAGAGCGAUUAUUUAUACGCUCUAAUCAUUUAACAGGGAUAGUUCCACGUGAACUUGGUAAUCUACAAAACCUUAAAUCUUUAUUCAUGAAUGACAACUUCUUCACCGGGAACAUUCCAAAAUUUAUAGGAAACUUCCGGUCAUUGCUAAAGUUGCAAUUGCAAGAAAACAGAUUAGAAGGAUAUAUACCUCCUAAUCUUGGCAACUGCCGGGGUUUGUUGCUAUUGGACCUUUCUGUAAACAAUCUUACUGGCCCUAUACCCCCUGAACUUUUCCAGCUAUCAUCCCUGUUGAUUUUAAAUCUUUCUCACAACUAUAUAGUCAGACCCCUUCCCCAAGAGCUAGGAAAACUCAAAAGUUUGACGAAACUUGAUCUGUCACACAAUGAUCUUGUUGGAUUAAUACCAAAUGCCAUUGCAAGCUGCAUAAGCCUUGAGUACCUAAAUCUGUGUGCCAAUUCCUUUCAAGGCCCAAUACCUCCCUCGAUGAGUGCUUUAAGAGGUAUCAACAACCUUAAUCUUUCCGGUAACAACUUCUCUGGACAAAUUCCGAAAUUCUUAGAGCAACUAAACAUUUCUUCAUUGGAUUUGUCUUUCAACAAUCUUAAUGGUGAGGUACCAUUGAAAGGUAUUUUCAAGAAUGCAAGUUUGAUCUUGAUUCAGGGGAACAAUGGGUUGUGUGGAGGCCUUCCAGAACUUCGCCUACCCAAAUGUGCCAUAGUAUCAAGGUCAAAAAUAGGCUCUAGAACAUCACGUUUUAUUCUAAUUGUCAUUUCAAUUUGCUCGCUUUUAGUUGUCGCAAUGGUUUUGUCGUAUCUGUUUUAUUGGAAAAGAAGGAAGGCACAAGCACAACCAGCAGAAGAAGCUUCAUACAUGCAACCGUUUUCAAGAGUUUCAUAUGGAAACAUACUUAGAGCUACCAACGAGUUCUCUCAACAAAACUUGAUUGGGACAGGGGCUUUUAGUGCUGUUUAUAAGGGUAUUCUUGAGCAAGCAGAUGGAAUGGUUGCCAUCAAGGUUCUAAAGCUUGGAAAUCAUGGAGCGUUGAAGAGUUUCGUAAUGGAGUGCGAAGCUUUAAAAAACAUAAGGCACCGUAAUCUUGUCAAAGUCAUUACUUCCUGUUCAUCCGUUGACUUUCAGGGUAAUGAUUUCAAAGCUCUUAUUUACGAGUUCAUGCCAAAUGGGAAUCUUGAAAGGUGGCUACAUCCAAGUUCACAACAAGAGGUUGGUAUCGAAGAAGCUCCACUACAAAGAUUGACCCUUCGCCAAAGAGUAACGAUUGCAAGAGAUGUAGCUCAUGCCAUUCACUACCUCCACCAAGAGAGUGAGGUACCCAUAAUUCAUUGUGAUCUGAAGCCAAGCAAUAUCUUACUUGACAGUGACAUGGUUGCUCACAUUGGUGAUUUCGGGCUGGCAAAGUUUCUGCCAUUAAAACCACACGAUAGCAGUGGAGUUGGAUUAAGAGGGACUUUUGGCUAUGCACCUCCAGAGUAUGGCUUUGGAGGUGAGAUGUCAAAAGAAGGGGAUAUCUACAGCUUUGGGAUAUUGUUAUUAGAGAUGAUAACAGGAAAGAAGCCAGUAGAUGGCAUUUUCGAAGAAGGAUUGAACCUCCAUGGCUAUGUGAAGAUGGCUUUGCCUGAUCGUCUAAUGGGGAUAAUUGAGCCAACACUAUUGUCUAUCGUUGAAGAAAGAGACCGAGGUGCCACUAUCAACCAUGAGGAUGAAGCUAAAAAGUGGGAGAUGUUGGAAAAAAACAUGAUUUUAUUGGCAAGAAUUGGGUUGGCAUGCUCCUUAGAAUCUCCCAAAGAGAGAAUGAGCUCAAGCAAAAUCAUCCAAGACUUGCAUCACAUCCAAAACUUUACCUCAGACAACUCUUUUGAAGUUGUCUAAAAUAUGAUUGUAAGAUUGAACACAAAGGGGUGGUAGUGCAAUUAGCUAGCGCGUAUAGCUUAUCCUGAGGUCGAGAAUUCGAGCCUUUUCAUAUAUCCUUUCGUGUUCUUUAAUGUUUUUAAA